AUGGCCGGCUCGACUGAACCCGCUCCGGCACCCACAAGGGACGAGCGUAAAGCUUGUUGGUCGCACCGAGAUGUCUAUUUUGCAUGCUUGACCCAAAAGGGAGUCAGGGUGCCUCCCGGUACCGACAUGAGCGAUGGCCGAGGCCCGAUCGGAAAGGCCGCCAAGGAAGAGCAAGAGGCGCUCGAGAGGGAGAAGGCGAUCACCGCCGACGAAGCGCGGAAACAGGACCCAUGCCUGGAGGCGCGACAGGGGUACGAGGCCAACUGCGCUCGGAGCUGGGUCGACUAUUUCAACAAGAGAAGAGUGCUGGAGCAGCGCCAAAAGAUGAUCGCAAGCUCGGCACUUCCGAAGCGUUGGACUUGGUCGUCUCAGGCAUGCACCACUCUCAGCAGAGCAUUCGUCAAGGUCACAUUGCUGCCGGAGUGCAUGUCGGAACUCGCCCGAGCUCAGCGUCACCGUUUUGUCUCGGCUCGGCCGCCUCCUCGCGCCGAUCCCGACUCGAACUGUACUUUACAUCUUACUACGCCCAUCCCUAAUCAUAUUCACGCUGUUCACACGUCGCCCGUUCCGCUGAGCCUGGUACACUGCUGGGGGAGGCAACGGAGCCCGAAAGGAUGCUCGUCUGCACCUGCCGCGGAGUGCGAUCGCUUGCCGGCAUCAUCCGAGCUUGCCGUGCUGAGCUUGGUAGCUAUGCCUUCGCGUGACCGCUCGCUCGACGCGCGCUCGAAUGCAAGCAGCAGCAGCACCAGAUCAGCCUCGCCCGAUGAAGCCGCAGCGCUCAAACGCAAGAGACCCAUCAGCCGCUCGCCGUCUGGAGCCAGCGCCGGGUCGUCUCGCUCGGCAUCCAGAUCCAGAUCUCCGCCUCCGAGGUCACGCAGAAGAAAGUCAUCCAGAGGUCGCUCGCCCUCGUUCAGCAGCGAUGACGACGCGCACAAACGCAACGAGUCUUCUCGGACAGCUGAGGCGCAACAAAGCGAGGCAAAGGCCAAGGAAGUGGCAGCCAAGGGUGAGGCGCUCCGCUCCACUUUGGCCAAACUCUCUGCCACCAAGGCCGGUGGUGCCUACAUCCCGCCCGCGCGCUUGAAGGCUUUGAUGGCAGAAGCAGCCGCAGCGGAUCCCGGAAGCGCCGAGUUCCAGCGUAUGAGCUGGGACGCGCUCAAGAAGAGCAUCACCGGCCUCGUCAACAAAGUCGCUGCCGAAAACAUCAAGACCAUCGUCGUCGAGCUCUUCGGCGGCUCCAACCUCAUCCGCGGCCGCGGUCUGUACUGCCGCUCCAUCAUGCGCGCACAGGCGCUCUCGCUAUCCUUUACGCCCGUCUUCGCCGCCCUCACCGCCGUCGUCAACACUAAGCUGCCCAUGGUCGGAGAGCUCCUCGUCAUCCGGCUCGUCUCGCAGUUCCGUCGAUCAUUCAAGCGCAACGACAAGACCGUCUGCAACUCAACCGCCAUGUUCAUUGCUCAUCUCGUCAACCAGCGCGUCGUUCACGAGGUCCUGGCUCUCGAGAUCCUCGUGCUCCUGCUCGAAAAGCCCACCGACGAUAGCGUCGAGAUCGCUGUCGGUUUCAUGCGCGAGGUCGGCGCUUUCCUCGCCGAAGAGGCGCCCAAGGCCAACAACAGCAUCUUUGACCGGUUCCGUGCAGUACUCUACGAGGGAGACAUCAGCAAGCGCGUGCAGUACAUGAUCGAGGUGCUCUCCCAAGUGCGCCGCGACGGCUUCAAGGACAACCCGCGCAUCCAAGAGGCCCUCGACUUGGUCGAAGAGGACGACCAAAUCACGCAUUCCGUCAGUCUGGAUGACCAGCUCAACGUCCAAGAGGGCCUCAACGUCUUCAAGAACGACCCAGACUUUCUUGAAAACGAGGAGCGCUACCGUGCUAUCAAGGCAGAGAUCCUGGGCGAAGAUGAUGACAGCGAUGACGGCGGAUCCGAUGCGGACUCCGAGACUGGUUCGAGCUCAGACGAGAGCGAGGCAGCCGACCCGGACGUCGCACAGCGACAGCUCGAGAUUCACGACCGAACCGAGACCAACCUCACCAACCUGAGGAGAACCAUCUACCUUACCAUCAUGUCCUCGCUCGACUUUGAAGAGAGCGUGCACAAGCUCCUCAAGCUCGAGAUCCCCGAAGGUCAAGACAUUGAGCUAUGCAACAUGAUCGUAGAGUGCUGCUCCCAGGAGCGCACCUACAGCAAAUUCUACGGCAACAUGGGCGAGCGCUUCUGCAAGCUCCAUCGCAAGUGGUCCGACAACUUCGAACAGAGCUUCCGCAACUACUACGACACCAUCCAUCGAUACGAGACCAACCGUCUCCGCAACAUCGCGCGCUUCUUCGGCCACCUCUACUCGACUGACAGCGUGAGCUGGGCCGCCUUCUCCGUCAUCCACAUGAACGAAGAGGACACCACCAGCAGCUCGAGAAUCUUUGUCAAGAUCCUCUUCCAAGAGAUCCAGCAGCAGCUCAGCCUCAAGACGCUCGCCGAACGCUUCGGGGAGCCGAGCCUGCAGGAGCACUGGCAGGGGCUCUUCCCCAAGGACAAUCCGAAGAACACUCGUUUCUCCAUCAACUACUUCACCUCGAUCGGCAUGGGCGUGCUGACCGAGGACAUGCGCGAGCACCUCAAGAACGCACCCAAGAUCCUGCUCGCGCAAAGGCAGGCAGCGCUGGCGGCGAGGGGCUCCGAUGACAGCGAUACCGACUCCUCCAGUGUGCUCUCGAGCAGCACUGGCUCCCGCAGUCGCAGGUCAUACUCGUCGCGCUCGUCAACAUACUCUUCAAGAUCUCGUUCUUCGCGGUCGCGGUCGCGCUCAUACUCCUCGGGCUCCUACUCUUCGCGUUCGUACUCCUCGCGUUCCUACUCGUCCUAUUCUGGCUCUUCUCGCAGUCGCAGUCGCAGUCGCAGUCGCAGCCGAAGACCUCGAGGCCGAAGCAUCAGCCGAAGUCGAUCGCGAAGCUUCACUCGGAGUCCAUCGCGAAGCCGCAGCAGGACGCCUAGUCCCAGGCGGCGUCGCGGACGUAGCCGCACCCGCUCGGCAUCCUACUCGUCCUACUCGUCCCGAUCACGAUCGUAUUCGCGGUCGCGAUCCAGGUCGUACUCGCGGUCGCUCUCGCGUUCACGAUCGUACUCGCGAUCCUUGUCGCGUUCUCGCUCUCGCUCGCGAUCCGUCGACGCGCCACGAGACCGUCGCUACCGUUCCGCCUCGCGCUCGGCGCGAUCGCACUCGGAUACUGAAGACCGCGACCCGCGAUCGCGACCUCUAUCUCGCGGAAGACGCGACUCUUUCUCGUCUCCAUCUCGCUCGCCGUCGCCCAGAGAUCGACGCUAG